AUGCCGGACCUCGCAAAUACAAUUGUUAAAUAUUGCAAAGGUUUAAAACAUUUGAGAAUACAUUAUCCCCAUCGCAUUAUGGAUGAUACUGCUUUAAAAAAGUUGACAGAGUUGAAAAAUCUUGAAUGUUUAAUAUUGGAUUGUCUGGAUGAGCUUCAUGACGAAUCAAUAACUGCAAUUUCUAACAACUGUAAAAAACUUAAGCGUUUAGAAAUUCCUUAUUGUUGCAUACGACGAUCUAUUAAUGAUGAGCUACUUUGUUCUCCAUCUACUCUUGAUGAGUUAUCAAAAUUACAAUAUCUUGAACAUCUAGACUUGAAUGAUGUAGGCAAUCUUUAUGAUAGCACAAUAAUUGCUAUUGCUAAUAAUUGUAAGAACCUAAAAAGUUUAGAUAUUCGAAGUUGCACAGGUAUUACUGAAACAGGUCUCAAUGCUUUAACAAACUUGGAAAAUUUACAAAAACUUAAUGUGAGUCAUCUUGAUAUAACUACAGACAGCUUCCUCAUCAAAUUGAAAGGAUUGAAAGAAUUGCAUUGUGAUGAAUGCAAGGAAAUUACUGAUGCUGGUAUUAUUCAAUUUAUAAAAAAUAGUCCAGAUCUUGAAAAGAUUAGUGUCAGACUUAUAAAUAAUAUUACAAACGUUAUGGUUAUUGGUGCUAAUCAGGCAACUGAAAUUCGUACAAAUGAAAAAUUUAAAAAUCUUCAAAAACUGACUUUACGUGGCCUUUGUUUAGACAAGCUAAUUCUUCAAGAAAUAUCAGAAGCAACAACACUUGUUCAUCUUAACAUUGAAUUACAUAAAAAACACAUAGAGUUUCCUCUUUUUGAUAAACUCGUUAAUUUGGAAUAUAUUGAAAUAGAGUUUACAAAAUUGGAAAAUCUUGAAAGUUUAGAGAUUAAUGAUGAAUGCCUCAGUGAAAAAGCAAUAAUCGCAAUUUCAAACAAUUGUAAAAAACUUAAACGUUUAAAACUUGUUGGUAUCGUAGUAUCAACAGGUAUUGAUAAUGAUGACGAACUUUCUUCUCCAUCUGUUUUAAAAGAUUUAGAUAUAUGUAGUAUCAGUGAUGAUAUUACCGAAACAGCUCUCGUUGCUUUAACAAACUUGGAAAAUUUAGAAAAACUAAAUGUAAGCUAUCUUGAUAAAAUUACUGACAGCUUCAUUAUUAAAUUAAAAGGAUUAAAAGAAUUAAUAUGUGAGGGUUGCAAGAAACUUACUGAUGUUGGUAUUAUUCAAUUUAUAAAAAAUAACCCAGAUCUUGCAGAGAUCUAUGCCGUGGGAAUAGAUAAUAUUACAGUUGACUUGGUUAUUGCUGCUGAUCAGGCAACGAAAAAUCGUACAAAUGGCAUAAUUUUACGAUUACGAAUAUCUAAUAAGUCAAUAAUUGAAGCUUCUAAGUCAAUAAUUAAAUCUCAAUGGUUGGCUGUUACUAGUUAA